CUCUGUCACAUAAAUAAAUAAAAUCUUAAAAAAAAAAAAGAUUCUUUUUUUUGGUACUCGUAUCAAAAUCAUCUUACACAUGGAAUCAGAAUAUCACAGAUUUUAAUAACACAGCCUCCAUGAUCAGACCACCUAGUUUCAAAUACUAACUCUUCCACUAACUACCCGAGUGAACUUCGGUACAUAAUUUGACUUCCCAGUGCUUCAAUGUACAAUUAAGUUGCAAUGUAUUCAUAAUAGUGCUUAUUUCACAGAGCUAUUUGGAGAAUCAAAGUAAUUCGUGUAAAAACCCUUUGAAACAGUACUGGGAAUGCGAUGAAUAAUAAGUAACAGGUAGUAUGAUUUAAAACAUAAGCAAAACAAGUAACAGUCCUUUAUUGGGAGAGCCCAGAGUUUCCCCCAAAGAAAUUUUUCAGAGAAUAUACUGUAUUAGAGAAAACUAGAUCUUUCUGAGCUUGAUAUUUAGCCCUGAUAAAAUUUGAGAGCACCUGGAAAUAAAUGACAACUUACUGAUUGCUCCCAACAUUAGUCUUAAUGCAUACUUGGUAUGCUUAUGGUUUCUUCCUCUUUUUUCUCUUCAAGAUAGAAUCAUUACAUUACGAAGGCUACAGAGAGUUAAGUCACAUUAUUUUUCAGGUCAGACUCUCAGGUCAUAUGAAAAUCAUUUGAAAUAUUUGGAGAAUUUGCUGGAUAUUCUCCAUUUACCUCUUGAGAUCCUCUCAGCCCCACCCUGUGCCUUGGGAGGAAGAAUUCAAACAAACAGGACUAUUUGGGGCAACUUUCCCCUGGCUUCCAGUUAAUUUAGCUAUUGGAAGUACUUGCAGUAAUCAAAGGGUGAAAGGAGAGAGUGGUCAGGGUACUACUAUUUCCCUUGGCCCCCUCCCUACCAUGCCAUGUCUGGCGAAGGCUUCAUCCUCUUUCAUGUAUCUUAGGCCACGGACCCUAUUGGACACCUUCCCCUUAACUCCUUGGGACCUAGGGGGUGAAAACAUCGUCUCAGUGCAUAAUUCACCACCUCUUUUUGUUCCCAUUAAUCUUUCCCUAAACUUCACAGUGUCUUUAUUCAAUGCCCUGAGAUUACUCCUUGAGUAUGUCAUUUGUUUUCCUUUGUUAUAGAGAUCAAUGAUUGAUCCAGGAAAAUACUGAAACAAAAGAGAACAUUGCGAUUUUGCAGAUUGUUGAGAUUUGCAAACUAUAAAUUACCAAGACACGACCUUUGGCCAUAAGAACAAAUGGCCAAUAUGUGAAUGAUGAUUAAAAUAUCAAGUUUCUUCUUACCAAUGCUAUAGUCACAGGAUGUGGCAGAAAUGGCCAUCUAUGCACUAAAUAAUUCAUGCUUCUCAUUUAGAGUAAAGCUGUCCUCAAAGUUUGCUAGCCAGGCAAAAAUUACAUGUACUAGGCCCAGCCUUUUAGCUCCAAACACGGGCAUUACAUUAGUGGAUGUGGAUGUGAUACAGAUUACUUCUAGGUGAUGGCUUUCAAGAAGCAGGUGUGGAUUUGCCAUCUUCUCUUUUCCUUCCUAAGGGACUCCAGCGUCUCACAAGAUAGAAGGAGCUUGCAUCCCAUUUGGAGGAAAUCUCCCCACUAAUCAGGAUUACUGGAGCUAAAUUGCUAUGUGAGCAAGAAAUAAUCUUUAUUGUGUUGAACAACUGAUUUUUUCUUGAGACUUACUUGUCCCAGAAACUACAUGACCAUAACGAAUACAGUGGGUAAAUUUAUUUUAGGGAUGAAAUCCCUUCCUAGAAGCUUUUUUUGUUUAAGGAUACACAGUAAUCUACAACUCCUUCACCCUGGCUCGUCCGAUGUGAGCUAACCUCAGGUCUUUGCUAUCUAGGUCGUCCACAUGCUUCAUGUCCUGUACCAAAAUAUAAGUGCAUUGUUGGCACGUCUAUUCUUCUCAUCUUGAUAAUAACCCAGUGUUGUCACUUUCAGCAUCUGCCGCACUCCAGAACCCAGAGCAAUAACCUAGUCUACUUGAGGACAUUUCAAGUUCAGUUUCUUUUCUCAUUUCCUUCUGUAACAAGUUGUACAUUGGCCUAAACUUCAUAAACUUCUACUUUCUAGAUGAAGAUGCAUCUAUUGCAUCCCUUAAACCCAGUAGUUUCCCACUGUUGGGAGAAGUAGCUGAUUUCAGUUCUUUCACGAACCUGCUCCCACCACAAGAGGAGUUAUUUGUCUUAGCUACUCGUGUGGACUGCCUUACCUCUCACAGCAUCUCAGACAUGCAGGAGGAAGAAACAUAUGCUUCUCUUCAGUGGGAUAAUCCAACACCAAGCCCUUACCAGAAACAUCUGUCUUCCACCAAGUUUUCAGGAUCAUGGUGUCUGGUGAUGGUGAUUUCAUGUAUUCUCUGCGUGGGCUCAGUAACAACCUCCAUUUUCUUGGGGAUCAAGUUGUUCCAGGUGUCCACUAUUGCAAUAAAGCAGCAAGAAAAACUCAUCCAUCAGGACAUAGCACUGUUGAAUUUUACACGAUGGAAGAAAAACUAUAACCUUCAGAUGAAAUAUUGCCAAACCUUGAUGCAAAACUCUUUCAGUUCAGUCCAUAACAGCAACCCUUGCCCAGAAAACUGGAUUCAGAAUGGAGGAAGUUGUUACCGUGUCUUUGAAAACUGGAAAUUCUGGAACACCAGUAAAGAGGACUGUUUGAAGGAGGGUUCUAAUCUUCUACAAAUAGACAGCAAAGAGGAAAUGGACUUUAUCACUGGCAUCCUGAGGAAGGUCCAAAGAGGCUAUGAUUACUGGGUGGGGCUGUCUCAGGAUGGACUCAGCAGACCUUGGCUUUGGGAAGAUGGCUCCUCUCCUUCCCCUGACCUAUUGCCAAUACAGACAUUCCAGUCAACCGACCAGCUCUGUGGAUAUCUCAAGGACAAGCUCCUUUCUUCUGCUAACUGCAACAUUUGGAAAUAUUUUAUCUGUGAGAAGUAUGCAUUAAGAUCCUCUAUCUGAUAGAAAUUGUACCAGAAGAGAUCUAUUAUGAUAGUAUGUUGAACAGGACAUUGGAAACCCUGCCACAAAUUUCCAAAGAGCAAGGGCACAAGUAAACCUAUGUGUGGCCUAUGAAACUACCUACCAGGGACUCAAAACCUAUCUCUACAUUUGCACUUGGCAAUCUUCUUCAAUACUUUCCAGACCUUCAUUUGGCGUUGUUUAAAUUGCCAAGAAUAAAAACGAUUUAUAGAUACAGAGGACGAAAGCUGAAAGGUUGAGAACAAACAAUAUGAAUCCUUUCUUUGUGCUUUUUUUUUUUUUUCUCCUCGUCUAGAGUGACUGUAAACUCUGUGCAAAAAUCUAUAAGCCACUGGGGGGAGAUGAUGCAUUUCUAGCUGACUGAUUUUUAAAAAUAAAUAAAUAAAUGU